AUGGGGAACUGCUCUUCCUGCCUCGGCAACCGCCGUCGCGAUGAAUACGAUGAGGAGGAAGACGAAGCCCGACACCUCUUCGACGAUCCCAACAACCUCAACUAUAACAGCUUCGACCAGCAACAUAUGAUGGGCCAGGAGGAUCCACAGGAGGUCCAAAGAGAGAUUGAGGCUCUACAGAGGGUAGUGGCGCGCACAUCUGAUGCCAUGGUCGACAUAUACGAGAUCGUACCCCAAGACAAGGCCGCCCAGACCGCCCCAGGCCCCUACGUUUAUGUCGGCCAGGACGCCACCACUGUUCGGUACCAAACACUUCUCUCAAAGCUCUCAUCCCACGACGACCUCCCUUCCGUAGCCCGCGUUGAUUGGGGUACCCCGGACGACGACACCAUCGAGAUGCAACAAGGGGUUAUGCCCAUCAAGGUCGAAGGGGGUGACAGUCUUGUUGGCAACUUUGCCGAUGCUGCGGCCGCCAUGCUCUAA